AUGGCAGGAGGGUCGCGAAGCCGACUUGGUUGCUGGACUUGUCGGUUGCGGAGGAAGAAGUGUGAUGAGCUCAGGCCAGUGUGUGCGACUUGUGAAGGUCUAGGCAUCGCAUGCCAUGGCUAUGGAUUGAGACCUGAGUGGAUGGACGGCGGUGAGAAAGAAAAGGCAGCUACAGCAGAAACCCGACGUCAAAUUAAGAAUGCAGCAAGACGAGAACCUCCACCAGCUCCUGCGCGGGAUCGACCGGAUCGAAGCAAUUCUAAUGCACUGUCUCCACACCAUUUUCCAAUACCAGACGACAACGCGCAGCUUGAGGAAGAGUUUGCAAAUGUAGUCUUACGGGAACACUCGCAAGCCGGUGUCACAUUAACACCUGGAAAUACUCCCACUGGUCCAGCUUUGAAGACUGGGUUCCGUCCCGGGCCUGCUAUUUCAUUUGCUACCUUGUCUAGAAACGAGAACUUCAACGGCUUCGAAGGAGCAACCACUAGCUUGGGAACCCCACGACCUGUCGAUUAUAGCUUGCCGCAAGCGCUAAAAGGACGCGAAGCCUCGCUGCUUAUGUAUUAUUUAGACUACGUCUUCCCUAUCCAAUUCAGGAUGUACAAUCCAACCGCCGCGGAAGGAGGAAGGGGAUGGCUUUUAUCCCUCCUCCUCCGGACCCCUCCCAUGUACCACAUGACCCUAGCAAUGAGUGCUCAUUGUUAUGAAAUGAUUGAAGUGCCGAACGGAGCCAAGGAGCGAAAACAGGCUAGCUUGGCACAACUUGGAUCAGCACUGCAGAACCUACAGCAAUACAUCCGAGUCUACAGUCAACAAAAGGAUACUCGAAGUUUGGAGGAUAGUAUGAAAGUCCUCGGAUGCAUUCUUCAAAUGAUCGCCUUUAUUGGGUUUGCUGGAGGCGUUGAAAACUGGCAGAUCCACAUGAAGGGAGCCACAGACGUUGUUUCAGGGCUCGUAAACGUUCUCAUCUCACCAAUACCAUUUCCAGAACCCGAUCCUUCUCCACAAUCUUCCAUAUCCCCACAUGACUCAGAGGGUUCUUUGCUCUUCAAUGAGGAUGAGGUAUUACUUAAGUUCUUAAUGGCGGUCUUCACAUGGAUAGACAUCGCCAGCGCUGUCUCCCUAGGCUCAAGUCCUUUUCUUGCAGAACAUCAUGAGCGUUUGCUUGGUGGCGACGAUCCUCCUCUUCGUCUGGAUAAAAUUGGAGGCAUCCAAAACUGGGCCUUGAUCUCCAUCGGAAAGAUUGCUUCUCUGGAUUCGUGGAAAAGGACCUCACAAUCAAAUGGAACACUGAGCAUCAUCGAGCUUGCCAAAAGGGCAACCCUGUUAGAAAGUGAGCUGGAACAGGCCUUUGACAAGUUCACGAAGGAUCGCAAACAUCCCAUAAUUCGUGAUAGGCCAGCCUUGCCAUACCUAACGCCGCUUUCAGAACACGCAGACUAUGUUACUGAGCUUUACGGGCGUGCAGCUUUGACUUAUCUUCAUGUGGUGGUCUCUGGCCCAUGCCCAGAACUGCCCGAGAUUCGAGAGAACGUUUGCAAGACGAUGGAGUUGCUCAAAAGACUUCCAAAUCCGCUUUUGCCACGUUCAGCAUUUUGGCCCAUAUUAAUCACGGCGUCGUUAGCUUUGGAGGAGGACGAGCACACAAUGAUCAGGAACAUGAUUUCUGGAGCCGGCGUCAGCGAAACGUCCGUUGGUUUAGGGUGGAACGUGCUUAAAUUCUUGGAAGAGUGCUGGAAGAGGCGGCGCUUGAACAAUCCUGUCCCUUCUCUCGGAGAUGGGUAUUGGGGGGACGUAAUGACAAGUCUCCACUUCAAGCUCAUGUUGAUGUGA